GAAACUUGUCUUGGGGAUUAAUAAGAGGCAGGAGGAGGAGAGGUGCACACAGGGAAACAUCUGGACCAUGAAGGUGGCCUUCAGCUUGCUUCUCCCACUUGUUCUUGUGCUGAUCUCGGAGGUGAGCGGGCAGCGGAGGAAGCCUCCCCGAAAACCCACCCGCCCGCCUCCUGAGUUCAUUGAGCCCGUCGAGCCCACAGAGCUGCCUCCACCCCUGCCGCCGGGUCCCCCCUCUAUCUUCCCUGACUGCCCUCGAGAAUGCUACUGCCCCCCAGACUUCCCUUCUGCCCUCUACUGUGACAGCCGCAACCUGCGGAAGGUCCCCAUCAUCCCGUCCCGCAUCCACUACCUCUACCUCCAGAACAACUUCAUCGACGACCUCCCGGAGGAGUCCUUCAGGAACGCCACGGGGCUGAAAUGGGUCAACCUAGACAACAAUCGCAUCCGGAAGGUGGACAGGCGGGUCCUGGAGAAGUUGGAAAACCUCAUCUUCCUCUACAUGGAGAAGAACCAGCUCAAGGAGGUUCCUGCCUUCCUGCCACCCAACCUGGAGCAGCUGCGUCUGAGCAGGAACCAGAUCUCCAAGAUCCCUGCUGGGGUCUUCAACAAGCUGGAGAACCUGGUGCUCUUGGAUCUGCACCACAACAAGCUAAGCGAUGGGGUCUUCAACAAAAACACCUUCAAGGGACUCAAGAACCUCAUGCAACUCAACCUUGCCCACAACAUCCUGAGGAAAAUGCCCCCUGGGGUGCCCAGUGCCAUCCACCAGCUCUUCCUGGACAGGAACAAUAUUGAGGACAUCCCCAGUGACUACUUCAAGGAGUUCCCCAACCUGGCAUUCAUCCGGCUCAACUACAACCAGAUCUCUGACAAGGGGCUCCCCAAGAACUCCUUCAACCUCACCAACUUACUGGUGUUGCAUCUGGCCCACAACAAGCUCACUAACGUCCCUUUCAUCAGCCCCAAGCUGGAGCACCUCUACCUAAAUAACAACUCCAUUGAAAAAAUCAACGGGACGCAGAUCUGCCCCACCUCGCUGAUGUCCAUCCAGGACUUCUCCCCCUCCGACCUGGACAGCGUGCCCCGGCUCCGGUACCUGCGGCUGGAUGGGAACCUCCUGAAACCCCCCAUCCCCUUGGACCUGAUGAUGUGUUUCCGCCUCCUGCAGUCCGUGGUUUUCUAGCCCUGCCCGGCAGCGUACCUCUCCCAGGACUUGGCUUUGCACAGGGACUUGACCCCCGUCGGUGUUUGACACGUGGGACCCUCUUUACCUCCCUCUCCCCCCGCUCACACCC